AUGAAGAUACUGCUCUCAUUUUUGAUAUUCUUCGCGUCCAGUGCUGAAGGAAGACGAGGUGGCGGAGGAAGAGGAACCAGCGGAUCGAAAGGUUCUUCGGGUUCAAAAGGAUCGUCUAGUUCAAAAGGAUCUUCCAGUUCAAGAGCUCCAUCGAAAACAAGCAGUAAUGGUUUCAAAUACACCCCUACAACAUACAAGCCAAGUAAAAUGUCAUCAGGCUGGAGCAAAAAUGCGAAAACCGCCGCAGCUGCUUAUCUUGCAUACAAAGCUCUAAAGAGACCUCGUCAUAUUCUCUACACAGGAUACGGUUAUGAUGGCGACGAUUUUGAGUGGAACGAUUCUUACGGCUACAAUGGAGAAGUCUUCGGGGACACCGUCGAAGCAUGUUUCACAUGCGAGAGCAUUAACAACAACAACCCUGUUUGCGAAAGAGCGGAUAUACUUUCAGCAAUAACGGACGUUCCGGUUGAGAUAUGUGGGCUUGGUAAUGUUUGUGCCACAAUUUUCGGACAACUUGAAAACAACGAUUACAUAUUUCGCCGUCGAUGUGUUCCGACACGAACAUACACGGAUUUGAUGCAAGGAUACUCUUCAAAUUCUUGUGAUCCUGAUUAUCCAAAUGCCGACCUCUACUGCAACUUCUGCGACAAUAACCUUUGUAAUGGGUGGCGCAUCACUCAACUUCCGGAUGAAACACUCGUUAGCUCCGGCGAGGUCGUCGCUCCUUCUUCACUCCUUCUCUUCGUCAUACUGGCCCUCUUGAAGAUUUAG